AUGGCUAAGUGGUUCAAGGAGUUCCCCAUCACUUUGAAAAACGGCUCUGACAGAAGUCGAUCUGCCCCUGACUCGGGGUUCCAGUCCAAAACAUCUGGAUUAAAAUCCGCUCACCGCAAGGACGGGUCCGCGGACAGCACCGCUGGUGCCGGUGUGGGCUCUCUGUUGAAGAACCGCAAGAACUCGGCAUCGGAACCUACCAGGAACGGCAGCACACCAAGAGAUGGCAGAGUUUGGGACAAUCUUUUUGCACGCAAAAAUUCCAGAGCGGAUCCGGUUUUCGAGGAUCAGCACCCACGAGCCAAGAGCUCCGGCUCUGCUUACAUCAACCGGCUGAUUCGGAUGGACAAACAGGACAGAAGUCCAAAUUUCAACGGCGACACCGGUCCGCAUUCUGAUGUAGAAAAAAACGUCCAGAUAAAAACAGAAAAGGUGACCAUUCUGGAAGACUACGCUGACCCAUUUGAUGCAAAGAGGACCAGAGAGCGGAGGGAGGCGACGAGAGCAGGAGAGAAUGAUGGAUACAUGGAGCCCUAUGACGCCCAGCAGAUGAUCACAGAGAUCCGACGCAGAGGGUCCAAAGAUCUGCUGAAAGUGGUGAUGGAAGGGGAUGAGGUUUCUGUGGAGGGAGAUCCAACUGCACCCACAAAGCUGCAUGAAAUCCCACAUGAGGGGAGUAGAGACCGAAGUCUGGAGGUGGACCGUCGACCUACUGUAGAAUGCAAGAAGGAGCAGAUCAUCAAAACGCUGUCAGUCCCUCUGGACAGCCCUGAACGCACGGUCAAAGAUGAGCGCCCCCAUCAUAGCCUCACUAGACCUCCACAUCUGCACAUGCGGCAUAAGAGCUGGACCCAGAAGAUCCUCAAACCCUCCACCAGUGAUCCACGGAUGGACGCAGAGGCCUGCUGUGUGGACCCCACCUUGCCCCUGGAGAGACAGAGCUGGUACCAUGGCUGCGUCACACGUCAGGAGGCAGAGUUCCAGCUGCAGUCCUGUCGAGAGGCCAGCUUCCUGGUCAGGAACAGCGAGUCAGACAGCAGCAAGUACUCCAUUGCGCUCAAGACGAGCCAGGGCUGCGUCCACAUCAUUGUUGCUCAGACCAGAGAGAACACCUUCACCCUGGACCAGAGCAGCUGUGUGUUUCCCAGCAUCCCCGAGGUCGUGCACCACUACUGCUCUGAGCAGCUGCCUUUCAACGGCGCUGAACACAUGACCCUGCUGCACCCGGUCUCCCGCGUCUGA